CAACAGAAGCAGCAGCAGCAGCAGCAGCAGCAGCAGCAGCAGCAGCAGCAGCAGCAGCAGCAGCCGUAGAAGUAGUAGCAGCAGAAUGUAUUCAAUACAACGAAGACAACAUCAACCAGUACAAAUUAUGAAAACGAGAAAAGCAAAAACUACGACUACCACUGCGACAGAUUAUUUCCAAUCAAUAAUGCUUCGGUCUAUUCUUUGAUUUAGUUUUUGAAAUACUUAAAACCUUAUCCCACACACACUUACACACACACACACACACACCUCACUCCGGUACUGCACCGUAGUAAUUGCACACACACACUCACAUAUAUACAUAUGCAUUUCUAUCUUAGUCAACUUGGAUCUUUAAAAAUUGCAUAAUUAACAGUAACAACAGCAAUAAUAAUAAUAAUAAUAAUAAUAAUAAUAAUAAUAAUAAUAAUAAUAAUAACAACAACAACAACAACAACAACAUCUGUUACAAUAACGACGUUAGUAACAAUAACUACAGCAACAAUAGUAGUAUAAAUAAUCUUAUAAUCAAGAAAUGCAACAACACCGAAAAUGCCAACAAUAAUAGCAAACAGCAACUAAUAAUAAUAAGAAUAAGAAUAACAACAACAACAACAACAAUAAUAAUAGCAUCAACAACGGCCUGAAAAUGAUUCUACUCCACCCUAACGACACGCAUAUUUACACUUUGGAGGAGCUGAAUGCUAAAAAAGCCCGCUUCGCCGUUCCAUCCACGAUAACAAUGUCGUUCCUUAUGAUUUUUGGCAUUGUUGGUAACUCGUUGGUGAUAUAUGUGUACAGUCGCAAGUUCAAGUCUACAUCGACCAAUUCUUUUAUCUUAGCUCUGUCCACGUUCGAUCUGCUCAACUGCCUGGUUGGAAUGCCGACGGAGAUCGCCGAUGAUCAACUACCGUUGAUGUUCAACUGGGAACUCGGCUGCAAAAUUCUGCGUUUCACCUCGUUUUUUUCGACGGGUGCCUCUACCCUAACACUGGUCAUUAUUGCCAUGGAUCGUUACCAGAGGGUGUGCUUGGGGAAGGAACAAAUACGGUCGGGUUGGGCGAAGAUGAUGAUCGUUCUAACGGUCACGAUGUCGGCUGUGCUGGUCAGUCCGAUCAUCGAACUGGCGGGGAUUGAUACGGAAUCGACGGAUGUGCCUUACAUCAACGGUACCGACUGUGCCAUACGUGACAAAUACAAGACAUCGAAAUGGCCACUCAUUUAUUUCAUGUACCUGGCCGUCAUCAUUAUAGUUUGUUUAAUAAUACUGGUUGUCGCUUACACGAUGAUCGGUCUGGCGGUGAGGACACGCUUGGGACGGCAAAACCUCGACGGACGAACAGUUGUGAGAACAAUGGCCGAUCUAAAUCGAGAGAAAGACCGGAAGGUGAAGUCCGAAAAGACAACGAAAACAUUCUUCAUGGUCACUGUACUUUUCAUAGUGAGUUUCAUGCCCUGCCUGGUCAUACAAAUUUCGAGAGCCUUGGCAGGUUUCAAACCACAUAGUCCCAUGAUGGAAAUCAUAUUUAAUCUCGGUUUACGCUCCUAUUUUCUGGGUAACUCCCUCAAUCCGUUCAUCUACGGUUAUUGCAACAGCAAGUUUCGUGAGGCGAUUGUUCUCGUGAUAGGAAGGAUGCAGGAGAAGUUGAUGGAGGAACCACGGACGAAGGCCCACGUCUACUCUUUGUCUGCGGGCCAAGUACACAAACCUAUAAGCAUGAGUAUAACAGAUUCUGUGUAUGAGUAAAAUUAUUAAAAAAAAAUUUUUUUUUAAAAUAAUAAUAAUCAUAAAAUGGAUAAAUAAAUAACUUGGCCACUCUCACCACCCCUCACUACCUACACCAAAAACUUCACCGUCAAAAAGUAAAGAGCAACAAAGUAUAAAAUUAAAAACAAAAUCGUCGAAUCACUCACGUAUGUAAAAUACAACGUGAGUAUCUCUAUGUGAGAAACGAAAAUAUGUCUAUUGUUCGGUGGAGAGUAAUAGAUAUAUUACUGAAUAAAACCUGCUCGGUAAAUGGGCACAAAUAAAUAAAGAAGUAUGACACGUUCUGAACUUUAUUGAGAACUCGUUGUGAGUACGUGAAGGAGUACAAAAAUUUGUACUCUAGUAAGACGCGUUCUGUUUGAUGUUGUUAUGGAUAAAAGAAUGCUAAAGUGAAUAACAGCAAAAAUAAGCAAAUGUCGAUAAAACGUACUCUAUCGUAGUCUGCAUGAGUCAAAAACUAAUCGAAUCAACGAGUCCAAAAAAAAGAGGGACCCCAAUGAAAUAUCUUUGUAUAUUUUGAUAUUAAAGAUAUUAUAGCUUGAUGGUCAUUAUUUGGAUAAUGAAAUCAAUGACUUGUCUCUUUAUGUGAACUUUGAAAACAACCGAGUAUCUAGGUUUGAAGAGGAUCGUUGUUUGUGUUAGGAGAUCUUGAAGUGAGAUGAGAGAGACUCCAUAAAUGUUGUAAAGAAAGAAAUUGAAUUAGGAUUAACAAAACACUGUGAAUUUUUUUAUAAACAUGUGAAAAUUGUGCGUCCAAACCUGUGUAUAUGUUAGAAAAAUGAAGAGUUUAAAUUAUGAAUACAAAAUUGCCAUACAGGUUAAAAAAAAAAUGAAAUAUUUACAUUAUAACUAGAAAAAUUUCUUUAGAUAAAAAUGAAUUACAAGAAAAACAAAAUUUGCUUAUUUAAAGAAAAAAAACCCUGUAAUGUUUCGUUAUUAGUAUAUGAUGUCAGUCGUGAGUGUAUGUUCGAGUGUGUGUUCGACUGCUCAGCUUUGUCGAGCAUAUAUGAAAGACAAUGUCACACGAUCAUUCAUGACGUCAUAGGCUUCUACCGAAAGAUACCAAAAGAUACUUAAUUCAUUACGUGAAAUAAGCAUAUCAGUUGAGGAGUACAAAUAUACCUACUGUUUUAUUUAGAGGUACUCACUGAAUAAAAAAAAAACAAUAACAUACUCAACAUCUAACCCGCUUCCAAUGGACUGAUUGUUUAACGCACAAAUGAAGCCAGCAGAUGUGGGUUCGAGUACUGUACAGAGCUGCCACUGAAAGCUGAAUAUGUUUCACAUUAGAAUUGAUAAUGUAUUUGACUGAAAACCGUCAAUGUGUUUGACUGACAUGUGAUAAUGUAUUUAUAUGGAAGAUUAUAAUGUAUUUAACUAAAUUAUGUUGAUGUAUUGACUAAGAUGUAAUAAUGUUGGCUGAGAUGUGAUAUUUUUACCUAAAACCUGAUUAUGUGUUUGAUUGAGCAGUGAUAAUGUAAUUUUUAAUCGAAAGAUAACGUUUUCGACAAGCGAUAAUGUGUCUAAACUGGAUUAUAAUGUGCUAUUUAAAUGAGGUAUGAUAGUGUGUGAUUAUGUAUUUUACCGAUAAGUGUGUUUCAUCGACAGGAGAUAAUCAAUUUAAAUGAAAAUUUGAUAAUGUAUUUCACCGAGAGAUGAUAAUGUGUUUGGAUGAAGAAGACAGUAAAUAAAUAAUGAUUCGUUUCUACUAAUAAGCACAAGGCCUGGAUUUUGUAGGAAGGGUGAUUGUCGACCCCAGUGGUUCACUGGUACUUAAUUUAAUCGACCGCGAAAGGAUGAAAGGCAAAGUCGACCUCGGCGGAAUUUCAACUCAGAACGUAGCGGUGGGUGAAAUACCGCUAAGCAUUUCGUCCAGCGUAUUAACGAUGGACGAAAUGCCAGUUGGCCGCCUUAGUAAAUAAAUGAUAGUUACAGAGACAUGCACCAGCCAAAUGUUCGAAUGACCCUACUUGGAUGGAUGGAUGGAUAGAUGGUUGAAUGUUUUAUAAUUAUUUGAAUUCUUCUCUGGGGAAGGAGCUGGCUUCCAACAAAGAUACAAAACUCCGUCAAUAGGAUGUAGAUAACAAAACCAAAUACACAUUUUGAACGUGGGAAAUGUCUUGCACAUCUACACCGUUCUACCUUCAGAUUGUAUUCGUAAUGUCCGUGCUAGCCGGUUGUCUACCUUUUCUGAAAACCCCAUCUUAGCCAAAUCAUCAAUUAGGCAUUUAUUCACAAAACCAAUUGCAAACAAUUAUUGGGUUCGAUUUUUGGCUUCGAUAUUUAUAGUCCGGAUAUCGCGAUCAUUUGUAGCAUAAGAAUUAAGGAUUCGCGUUCUCUCCGCAAGAGCUCAAGUUCGGCUAUACUCAACUCCAGGCGGGUUGGUGUGUAUCCUGUUGCUCCUAUAAUAUUAGGUAUGAAGCUGAAAGUGUACCUUGAGUACCAGAUUUGCAGACUCCUUAUCAAUGAUUCAUAGAUGUCCUCUUUCUCUUGUAUUUUUCUAACCACAUUGGUGUCCAGAAGGCAGCUGAUUUCCACAACAGAAUAUGUAUGUAUGUAUGUAUGUAUGUAUGUAUGUAUGUAUGUAUGUAUGUAUGUAUGUAUGUAUUAUAUUUGCGAGCCGCAAAACAUGAAACAACGUUUACACAUGUGAUUUUGUUCUUAUUACGUUCACAUUUUGUUACAAAAAUUUUUUGUAUAAACAUUAACAAAUACAUGUCUACAAUAGUAUUCAUUCA